UGUCACGCUGUGAUUGGUCCAGAUCAGCGUAGUGUUUCAAAGCGUCUCAAAACAGCGCAUCUUCAGACCAGACGGAGGACUAUGAGAACAUCGAGACCAGCAUGCAGCCUCUGAACGACCGCCCCUCUCUGGACUCCGGGCUCCGGGUCCUGCUCUUGGCCCCGUGGCUCCUGGUGCUGUUCCUCGCUUCCUGUGACGGCCGGGAGUCGGACCAGGACCUGGUCACCUGCGGGUCCCUGGUGAAGCUCCUCAACACGCGACACAACGUGCGGCUCCACUCACAUGACGUCAAGUACGGCUCCGGCAGCGGGCAGCAGUCUGUGACGGGCGUGGAGAGUGCCGACGAUGCCAACAGCUACUGGAGGGUGCGCGGGCAGACGGGGGGGCCGUGCCAGCGGGGGGCGGCCGUGCGCUGUGGGCAGGCCAUCCGCAUCACUCACAUGACCACCGGACGCAACCUCCACACCCACCACUUCACCUCGCCGCUGUCCAACAACCAGGAGGUGAGUGCGUUCGGCGAGGGCGGUGAGGGUGACGACCUGGACGUGUGGGCGGUGCAGUGCGACGGGCCGCACUGGGCCCGGGACGACGCCGUGCGCUUCAUGCACGUGGGCACACAGGUGUACCUGAGCGUGACGGGCGAGCAGUACGGCCACCCCAUCCGCGGGCAGCGCGAGGUGCACGCCAUGCCCUCGGCCAAUCAGCACAACUGGUGGCGCGCCAUGGAGGGCGUGUACAUCCAGCCCAGCGCCCCGCCCCUCCGCCACGACGAGCUCUGAGGACCUGUGUGUGUGUGUGUGUGUGUGUGUGUGUGUGUGUGUGUGUGGGGGGGGGGGGGGGUUCGUCGCUGCGUAGUCAUGGUAACGUGUUGACUGCUCAUUAAAUAAGAUGUCCGAUGGGAGGACUGUGUGAGUGGUUUCUGUAGAGAAAGGUUAGUGUGGGUUGGGUUAGUAUUGGUUGGGUUGGUAUUGGUUGGGUUGGGGUUAGUUGGUGUAAAGGUUUGUUCGAGACUUCAGAUCCAAAUUUACUUUCUUUAACUUAAACCUGGUUGAAUUAUAUAUGAAUAUGGAUUAUGUAUAUAUGAUGUAACCAGGCUUUGUUGUAUUUUUUAAAACAUUCUACUUGAUUGUUUGAGUUCCCUCUUGAUGUUCUGAGUCGUGCUCCUUUAGGACCCCUGGGGCUCGUGGUUCUCAUGUCAGGAGAAAUGCAGAGUUGUCCUUUCAUGAAUGAAUUUCCUGACCCUCAAUAAAAGGUGUGGGGAC